GUUGACCAUUGGAAUGCACUAAUGGUGGGUAGUGUACUCAUUGAGAGAGAGAGAGAGAGAAAGAAAGAGGGAGGGAGAGGAUCGUAAAAGUUUUUGCAGCAUAAGAGCGUGGGUGAUCUUGCGGACCAUCCCGCUUCGAUACAUUUAUCUAAUUAUUUAACCCUUCCCCACCCACAGCUACCGAAAGAGACGGGACCCUUUUGCCUUUCCAUCUUUCUGCCUGAUGUGUAACAUCAACAACAGCAGCGCCAGCAGCAGUAGCAGCAGCGGGCUCCUGAUAAAAUAUGAUUUGACGACGAUUGUGGUGGCAGAAGGCAUCAUCGAAACGAUCAACAGCUGGCGCACUCGUCCAUUCAACGAAACAGCAAGGAGAAGCAUCUCCAAAGGUUUUGGCUGUACGAAAGAGUUUGCCGUGCUUUCCGCACGGCUCUUAAUGGUUCACAUCAUAUCCAUCGCGUCUAUAUGUGAGUGAAGAACCAUUGCCACCGACACUUCUUAACUGUAUUGGACUAUUUGCAAUCGAAGUAAUCGUAUUAUUUUGCUAAGCAUGUCUCUUGCAAGUAAUUAUCAUUCACAUAAGCCAAAUGUGCCCAUCAUAAUGGAAGAUGUAUUUGGUUGGGUACGUGAAGGUAAUACGUUUCAAGUACGUGUAUGGCUUGAUGAUACCGAACACGACCUUAAUAUUGGCGACGACCACGCAUUUUCAUUGCUUCACUGGGCAUCCAAAGAAGGACAUGUUGCAAUUGCUGAAUUGCUACUUUCUCGAGGAGCACGUGUGAACGCGACAAAUAUGGGUGAUGAUACAAGUUUACAUCUAGCUGCAGCCCAUGGAAAUCGUGAAAUUGUUGUGAAAUUACUUAAUCGGAAAGCAGAUGUGAAUGUAGCAAACGAACACGGAAUGACACCUCUUCAUUACGCGUGCUUUUGGGGUUAUGUGCAAAUCUGCGAGGACCUUAUCCGAAGUGGUGCUGUAAUAGGAACUUGCAAUAAGAAAGGACAGACGCCACUUGAUGUCUGCCAGCCGCAAGCUCGUAAUUCAAUUGCAGAAAUUGCCCGAGAACAUGGUCAAAAUAUCAAUGAAAGAAUACCAUUCAAAGAUCAGACCUGGAAGGGCACGAAAACCCGCACUAGAGAUGCCACACUUUCAAGGUACACAGGCGUUGAUAUGGCAUCUUUAAGUUUAUCGGUGAAAAUAGCUGAAUCUCAUAGUGGUGAACUAUGGCGUGGCAAGUGGCAAGGGAAUGAUAUUGUGGCUCGAAUCUUAGCAGUACCUGAAGUAACUCCACGUAUUAGUCGUGACUUCCAAGCUGAAUUCCCAUCUUUAAGAAUAUUUGCUCAUGCGAAUGUAUGUCCUGUGCUGGCCUGCUGUAAUCAACCACCAAAUCUUAUUGUUAUCAGUCAGCUGAUGUCGUUUGGUUCACUUUAUAACGUAUUACACGAACAGACAGCAGUUGUAAUUGACCAAGCGCAAGCGACAAAGUUUGCUUUGGAUGUAGCACGUGGCAUGUCAUUUCUUCAUUCGUUGGACCCACUGAUUUUGAGGUAUUAUCUGAGUUCGAAGCAUGUUGUGGUUGACGAAGAUUUAGCGGCAAAAAUUUCAAUGGCCGAUACGAAAUUCAGCUUUCAGGAAGUAGGCAGGUUAUAUUCGCCAGCAUGGAUGUCACCGGAAGCGCUAAAGUAUUCACCAUCAGAUUUAAAUAUUAGAGCAGCUGAUAUGUGGAGUUUUGGUGUUUUAUUAUGGGAAUUGAAUACACGAGAAGUACCGUUCUCAGAUCUUUCUCCAAUGGAAAUUGGAAUAAAGAUUGCACUGGAAGGACUACGUGUCCCAUUUCCACCUGGAAUAUCACGAAAUAUGGGACGUUUAAUGAACAUUUGUUUAAAUGAAGAUCCUGGUCGACGACCAAAUUUCGACCAAAUAAUACCAAUAUUGGAAAAAAUGGCUCAAUCAUAAUUUGGAUUCCUAUAUAAUUCUAGUCAAAAUUGAUCUUAGAAAGAAUUUAUUCUUAUCUUAAUAUACAGAGUGGUGCUCCUUUUUCUGGGAAAAGGAUCAACGCUCAGUGUUAUUCGUGUUGUAAUUCAUCAGGCUCUUAUCAAAUAUGGAGAACAUUUACAUUGCCAC